AUGAGAUGGUUAACAUGGGAGGGCGCGUUACAAUACCAUACAAUGGCUAGAAUAUGGACUGAAUAUACGGCACCAGAUGGUACAAAAUAUUACUAUAAUGCUAAAACAAAACGGUCUACCGAAGAGAAACCUUUGAGUUUUUUUGACACAGAUGAUGUUCGCUAUAAUAAAAAGGCCAGAUUAAACAUAACUAGGAGGCCCUACUUCGUGCUGCCGCUGGCAAACCAAUGGCAUCUUGUCAUAUGCGAUAAUGGUGAUAAAUUCUUUCAUAAUGACGAGACAAAAGAGUCAGUUUGGGAGUUGAAAGACCAGCAAAGUUUAAAUUUACUGAGGGAGGUGGAUAAACAGAAACUGGUGUUACUAGUCGGUAUUGCUAGGGGUUAUUGCAGCCCGCUGGACUCAACGAUAUAUGAGGAAGUGUGGGGUGAGCUGGAAGCCGCAACACCAGCUAUGGAUGCAGAAUACUCAAGUGAAAAGGUUGCAUUUGACACAAGUAAUGAUGAAGAAGAGGUUAAGACAGAAAUGGUGGAUGAAGAUUCUAUGAAUGACGAUUCCGAAGAUGAAGACGCUCUUUUCUCAAGAGAUGUGUUGGUCACGGGCUACAGCUCUUCUUCUGAAGAUGAAGAGCAGAGUGAAGGGGAAACGGCUCAAGUUAGUGCUGAAGAUGAUGCAAGCGAUGCUCGCUUAAUCGGGCUGCAUGCGAUAGAUGGACAACCCAAUGAUUAUGACGAACAGUCAAGCUUAGGUGUCAAAGAGGAAUUUUUCGAAUUACUGAAAAAAUAUGAUUGCGAUCCCUUCUCGUUAUGGCCUAUGCAGCUGAAAAAGGUGCAGAAUGAUCCAAUAUUUUACAAGAUCACUGAUGAUGCACUAAAAGAGAAUAUAUUUGAAGAAUGGUGCCAAAGAACUGUUGAAUCGAAGUCUACGCAGGCCUUGGAACCUGGAGAAGAAGAAGAAGAGUCAGAGAACGAGGAUGAGUUAGAACCGACGAAGUUUCAUUAUUUAGCACACAUCGUGGCUAAAUCAGAUAUCAAAGCUAAUACUAUAUCUCAAGACAUCAAAAGUCAAAACAAAAGUCUUUUCAAGAGAUACAAGAUCAAAAGAUUCGUCAAGGACAAGAAGGAGCAGGAUUCAUUCGUUUCAAGCCUCUUGUUUUUCUUCAAAAAGAUAGAGCUGGCGGAGCGUCAGUCAAUUUUUGAAAAUUUAUUGAGAGACAAUGAAAGAGUUAUUGUAGAGAACAUAAACGGUCAAGAAAACAAACUGCGAAGAAUUUUGAACGAUGAUGAUUUUUCUGAAAAUAAAGCCUACUUUAUUGAAACCCAGCUGCUCAAACUGGAGAAAAUCAUUGGAAUCAAAGGAAAUUUGCAGGAUCUAGCGGAUAACACGAAAUAUUAUGUGCUCGGAAUCAAGGACAAACUCAUAGCAUUGAAACAUUACUUGAAAUCAUUAAUUUAG